CUUUGAGUGGGUUUAGUGGGACCUGUGAAAUCGCGCAAAAUGGCACACAAGAUAAGGAUUUUAUAUUUUCUCUUCUUUUUGAUAUUUUACUCCGACCAAGUAAAGUCCACGUGGUGGUUUCUCAGUCAACUUUCCGUACAUGCAGUCGGUACGCGAGUAAUGUGCGAUAACAUCCCUGGACUAGUUGGCAAGCAGCGACAGCUAUGCCGGACCAAACCCGAUGUUAUGGUAAGCAUAGGCCAGGGAGCUAAAGAAGGGGUAAAAGAAUGCCAAUUUCAGUUCAAAAACAAUAGAUGGAAUUGCAGUAACUUGGAUAAAGAUUUCUCAGUGUUCGGCAAAACCAUGCUGAAAACCGCGAGUCGUGAAGCUGCUUUCGUCUACGCAAUCUCAUCAGCCGGUGUCGUGCACGCUAUUACGCGCUCCUGUAGCAAAGGGGAAUUGUUCGACUGCGCAUGUGACUUGUCAAGGAAAGGUAAACACAAUAAUAAACACGGAGAAUUCGACUGGGGUGGUUGCAGCGACAACAUCAAGUUCGGCAGUGAUUUCUCGAGGCAUUUUGUGGACGCCAGAGAACGUAAGAUACGAGAUGCCCGGGCUCUGAUGAACCUUCACAACAACAGAGCUGGUCGCAGGGCAGUUCAAAAGAACAUGAAAUUGGAAUGCAAAUGCCACGGCGUCAGCGGGUCGUGCACGAUCAAGACAUGCUGGCUGGCGAUGGAGGAAUUCCGCAAAGUCGGCGACUAUCUCCGCGUUAAAUACAACGGCGCAACGGAAGUUAUGAUGAACCAAGAAGGUAGAGAACUAAUGGUGGCCAAUAAAAACCACAAGCGGCCGACCAGAUUGGACCUUGUUUACUUCGAGGCAUCUCCCGAUUAUUGUGUUGCCGAUGAAAGCACAGGCUCUCUUGGGACAGCUGGGCGCGUUUGUAACAAGACGUCAAUGGGAACAGGUGGAUGUGACAUAAUGUGUUGCGGACGAGGCUAUGACACGACUCGGGCUAAAAGGACAACUAAAUGCGAAUGUAAAUUUCACUGGUGUUGUAAGGUAAUAUGCCACGACUGCACGGAUAUAGUGGACGUACAUACAUGCAAGUCCCCGCGCACGGAUCUCAAAAUAACACACAGAAACACGCCGGGAGAUGGCGCUGUGCAUUUGGUGAGCCGAGAUGUGGAUUCGCUGGGUAAUUUGAACCGAGAAGAACGGCCGGUGACGUAGAGGAAACAAUCAUCGCGCGCGAUAGUUCUCGCGAAAACUGGAACUCUUUAUACUGAAGCACGAGACAGUGAACUCAACAUUCCAGCCCCAAACGAAAAAGACAAUUCGACGCAGUUUGGGACCCGGUCGAUGACUGUGAUGAACGGUAAAUGCCAAAAGAGUUCUUUUUUUGAGCUCGACAAUUGAUUUACCAUAAUGUAAAUAUUUCCUUUUCAGUGAAAAGUUAUAUUCCCGAACAAUUUUUAGAAUUUGGGAUAUCGCGGGAAUCUCUAGGGUGACGUUUAUAAAUAUAAAUAUAUUUUUGUAUAUGAACUCUUUAUUUUGACCUUGAAAAGUGUAUUUUGAUACCUUUUUGUCUGACGUUUCUCAAUAUCAACAUGGUUCGAACGUCCCCAAAUUUUAGAUUUUUAAAACAACCAAAAGCAAUACGGAAAAACGAAAGACGACCUCUACUCUUCCCAGUGCCUGUUUAAAACAAUAUGACCAAAUACGGAUUAUUUUUAGACUUAUAUGGGCAAGAGAAAUGCGUCAUCAAAUAUGACCAAAUAAGAAUUAUUUUUAGACUUAUAUGGGCAAGAGAAAUGCGUCAUCAAACUGGCAACGUAUACACGCAUCCCAAGAAAAUAUUGUUUGUGCCUGGAAGACGGCGUUGUCGUAGAAACGUUCACAUAAUGUAGUAUCUGAGUGUAAUAAUAAUAUCAUAAUCAUAAAACUGAAUUCUGAUGAACUGUUUUUAUUAUGCGUCUCUACUUUGUUUAUACAUAAAUUAUUUAUCCGUUGAUGUGUACAUAUUUAUCGCCAUAUUUGGGCAUUGAUUGACUCACACUGCGCAGUAAUCUAUUGCGCAAUACAUCAUCGCUCUCGGCUAUUUUAGAUAAUAAACAAAUUACAGAAAGUUGUCAUAUCGGUUACUAAAAGUUUAUUAAGUAAUAUUCCUUCCCGCUUUAC